CCUAUUAUUUUUCCUUUCUUCUUCCCUUCAAACCCUCUCUCUUUCUCUCUCCCUCUCUCUCCCCCUCUCUCCCUCUUCAUACCCAGAGAGCAUGCCUGAAUGUCAAGAGAAAGGGAGAGAUUUGAUGAGAUAGGCAAGAAGAUCAAGAGAGAAACCGAUGCCUUUACUCAGAUGGGAAGAAGACACAUGUUGGGGCCUCCCGGAACCCUGAACUCCAUCACCCCUUGCGCUGCUUGUAAGCUCUUGAGAAGGAGGUGUGCCCAAGAAUGCCCCUUUUCUCCCUACUUCUCUCCCCAUGAACCCCAGAAGUUUGCUUCCGUUCACAAAGUCUUCGGCGCCAGCAACGUCUCCAAGAUGCUCAUGGAAGUCCCGGAAAGCCAAAGAGCCGACGCCGCCAAUAGUCUGGUUUAUGAGGCCAAUGUGCGGCUAAGAGAUCCGGUCUAUGGUUGCAUGGGUGCAAUUUCAGCUUUACAACAGCAAGUCCAAUCUCUACAAGCUGAACUCAAUGCAGUAAGGGCUGAGAUACUAAAGUACAAAUAUAGAGAAGCCAAUAUCAUUCCACCUUCACAUAUAGCUUUGCUUUCUUCCGGGGCUGUUUCAGUAGCUGCACCACCACCAGCACAGCCACCAGCACAGGCCCCACGGCCGCCGCCUCCACCUCCUCCUAUUCCUCUUCCUCUUCCUCUUCCUCCUAACUCCUCUUCCUCCAUGUACACCCAACCGUCGAGCUCCGCCGACUAUAGCACCAUCUCAAGUGAAAAUGUCUCCUACUUCGGUUAAAUCUCUAGACUGAAAAUUCCCAUUUAAUUUUGUUUAUUAUGAAUCAAUAUCUGCAAUAAAAAUGAGUAAGAGAAUAUUGGAAUAUUGCUUUGGGGGUUUGGUUAUUAGCUUUCCCAUUACUGUCUUAAUCCAUAUUUCAAAGUCCAUAAAUAUAAAUAUUUUCUCUUGAUA